CCACGGAUUUGCUCGGUGCUCGGUUGACCCUGGCCCACUUUGCUCUGUUUCCCUUCACACGCGGGCAUCAAUCCCGAAAAAUAAAAUAAAAUAAAAUAAAAUAUCAGGCCGUUGGGAAAGUAUAUAAGGACCCGUGUACCGUUCGCCCCUACACUAAUACACAAGUGCCAUGUCUCUCCAAGGCCUCCCUAUCGAACUGGUGCACAUCAUCGCUCAGGACCUCGACAUCCACACCCUCGCAGCUCUUGCCCAGACUUGCUCUUCCUUUUGUCUGGUGGCACAGUCCCUGCUCUAUCGGCGCAUCUCUGUUUCUGCGUGGUCUCGCAACCUAUCCGUCGUGCCGCUCCUCGCCAAAAGACCCGACAUCGCACGCCACGUCCGGUCAUUCUAUAUUGCCGUAGACUCUCCCCCCACAGUCUUUUCUGCUUAUUACGGCCUUCUAGCAAAGGCCAUCCAAAAUAUGUCCGAGUUGACGUCCCUUAAUCUUCUUGUGGAUUCGGGCGUCAGCUGGGUUCUCAAGGAAGCAUGUACCCACACAUCGUACCCGUACCUAACGCAUUUUACGUGCUCUUUCCCAUUCGACGAAAACGUCAUCCAAUUCCUCGGAAAAACUCCCUCCCUCCUCGAACUGGAGGCAGAUUCUAUACCCUCUACCUUCGCACUCAAUCCACUCGGCGCCUCUCUCCCCCCGACCACCAUUCCACUUCUAGAACAUUUUAUUGGAUCACCCAGGACAGCCCGAGCACUUGUCCCCGGCCGGCCAAUAAAGAGUUUGCACCUCAAUGGCAGUGCUCUGACAGAAGACGACAUCGUGCUGCUGGCACGGGCGACCUCCCCCGUUGUGGUCUUGGGUGCAGCGAUAAACUCCUCUCCCGUACCCUUUUUGGAGCAUCUACACCGGUAUCUACCGCAUCUCGCUUACCUAAGAAUCAUGACUAUGCAGACCAUGCACGAACCCCCUGCUCCUGAAUUCUACGAACAAGUCGCUGACGUACUCGCUUCAUUUCCGGAGCUUAGUGCAUUCGAACUCUCCGGCAUGCAUUGGGGUUCACAACAAAAACGUGGUGAUGGCUCGAAAAGGGUGUGGCAAUCAUCGCCCCUGUCCACCAUGACUCAACUAGAUGAUAAUAUAUUACUCGAAACACAUAAUUUUUCUUUCUACUGAUAAUUUCCAUGUAGACGUCCCUGUUGUAUGUUUGUCCAAGGUCUCGUAACAUCACCACGAAAAAGAUUCCGACCCCCAUCGAGAUACCGUAAACCCUGUAUUCCCCACUAUAGACACCUCUA